AUGAGGGCUGUGCUCUGGGACCUGCUUCUGCUCUGCCUCUUUGCCCGGGCACGGGGGGACUGCCGGGGGGACUGUCUGCACUGUGACCGCCACCUCUACCGGGACAGCUUCGAUGUCCUCAUCUGCAUCCUGGAAUGCGAAGGUGAAGCUGUGCCACGGGCCACCUGGGAGAUGUGUGCCUCUGCUGCUGGCCGAGCCGCCCCACGGCCCCGCGACCUGCAGGACGCUGGUGAUCCCUGGCAGGAGGCAGUGCCAGUGGCACCGGCAGCACCAGUGGGCCCGCUGCAGGUGAGCGAGCUGCUGCGGCGCCGGGAAGCGGAAGACGAAGGCGUGGAAGGGGCACCCGAGGACAUUUCCCGACGGCUCGGCGGUUUCCCACGGGGGACACGAGGCGGCUCGUGGCCGGUGCCGACGGCCAAAGGGGUGCAGAAGCGGUAUGGGGGCUUCAUCGGGGUCCGCAAGUCGGCGAGGAAGUGGAACAACCAGAAGAGGUUUAGCGAGUUCCUGAAGCAGUACCUGGGCAUGUCACCCCGCUCCAGUGAGUACGACAUUGCUGGCGGCAUCAGCGAGCACAACGAGAUCUAA